AAUCAAAGGAUUACUCAAAGGAAAGCGUCCAAAAAAAUGGUCCCAAAAUGAGUUUUUAUCUAAUAAUAAAGCGUUAUUAAUCGCAGAGAGCUGUGACAAGUCGUGGAGUUAUCCUAUAUCCGGCGUACAAAAAAUGGUAAUAGAUGAAAAAAUAAUUGAAAAGCCUUCACAUUAG